CUUUUUAAGUAAUGGACGCUUUAGGAACAGUAAAGAUGGCGAUUUCCGCGUCAUUGUACUCCUCUUCCUCCCAGAUAGGGUUCUGGUUUUCUGCAUGACAACUGAACUAUUGGCCAAAUGGAUACGUCAGAAAAUUACAACUGCCAAGGUCAAAAAUGUGCAAGACUCCAGCUCAAUAUAUGAAACGUGUGUGUUGGGCAACAAUCCAAAGCCAUGGUGCUGAAAAUAUUUUUCCCACAGUGCUGCGUCCAGGCUGAAAGUGGCCUUUUGAUCGGCCGCUGGCUCCCUAAACACAACUCGGCUGUUGUUUUGGCUGUCAUCCACUUCCCUUUCAUUCCUUGCCAGGUAAAGCAAUAUCUGUGUCAGCUUCAAAAUCUGAUUAAGCUGGAGCUUGCCAUUGUAGGUUCAUGGAGCAAAGCUGUUAAAGGUCAGGAGAAACAGGACAACUUCAUGGAGGAUCUCUGCACUAUCUUUCCUCAAGGUGACUGGCUUCAAAUGUACAGUGAGAAAGGAAAGAGGGGAUUCGACUGUCGAGUUAUUCCGAGAAAUGGAACCAAAACCAUGAACAAUGACAAAAAUGUAGUUAUCAUCCAUUAUGACCAGCGAAAAGUGAUGCUGUCUCAGCUUCACCCAGCAGAUGGCUUGGUUCUUGGCUCUCAAAAAAAUGUGUCAGAGCUUACAAUGGUUUUCCAAACUGUAUCCCAAAGCAAGGAGCUCUUCCAUUCAGACAAAUAUGAUGAAGGACCAUUCAAAGUGACCCACUGGCAGUCAGAGGGCAGGGAGGCAAGUAUCAUCAUUGAACUAUGCAAGCAGGCUUCAGUGCCUGUGUGCUUCAUGAUUAACUGCUUUCUGACUGUCUGGUUCUGGAUGUGCAAAAGCAGGAUCCUAAACUUAUGGCCUGCACGCUUUGUGUCUAGCAAGUUGUCCACCUGUGUCCAGUUGAGCCACCGGGCAGAACAACUACAGAUAAUGAGCAAUCCCAGGAAAACAUCUGAGCAUUUGGAAUUCAUGAGGAAAGGAAAUAUCUUCUUGUCAUUCCUUAUCGAUUUAGCCCUUGGGCUGCUGCUCAUCUCUUGGCUGUACAGAGAAAAUUGCAUUGCACGCCUUGCUGACAUGUUGGUCCCUGCAGCAGAUCGUGUUGCAGAAGAGCUUCAGCAGCUGUUGCAGUGGCUGAUGGGAGCACCUGCUGGGUUAAAAAUGAACCGUGCAUUGGACCAGGUGCUAGGAAAGUUCUUCCUCUAUCACAUCCACCUAUGGAUCAGCUAUAUUCAUCUAAUGUCACCAUUCAUUGGAAUGAUCCUGUGGUACCUGGGCUUGUCUGCAUGUCUUGGCCUAACCAUUGCCCUCUCAGUAUUUUCCGACAUCGUUGCCCUGCUCACCUUUCACAUCUACUGUUUUUAUGUCUACGGAGCAAGGCUCUACUGUCUAAAGAUCUAUGGCUUAUCCUCACUGUGGAGACUUUUCCGAGGAAAGAAGUGGAAUGUCCUAAGGCAGCGAGUGGACUCUUGUUCUUAUGAUCUGGACCAGCUCUUCAUUGGGACUCUUCUCUUCACAAUUCUUUUGUUCCUGCUUCCAACUACUGUCCUGUAUUACCUUGUCUUCACCUUGCUCAGGUUGCUGGUGGUGUUGUUCCAAGGUCUGUUUCAUCUCUGCAUGGACCUCAUUAACUCUAUUCCACUAUUCGCCAUGGGAAUGCGCAUUUUCAGGCCAUAUAGACUGGCAGCUGGGGUAAAGUUCAGAAUUUUACAGAAUGACAAAGAGAGGCCACUUCAUUUGUUAAUGGAGAUUAAUCCUUUGACAUUCAGUGCUGUUCUGAAGUGGUACAGGAUCCCCACCUACAGCUGCUACCCCAAAGACUCUUGGGGAGCACUCUGCAAGAAACUGUUCAUCGGGGAAUUAAUCUAUCCAUGGAAAACUAAGCACACAAAAACUGACUAGGAUGGAUUAUGUGCCAGAGCCGACCACCCUCAUUUUCUUCUUGGCAACCUGGCAGGGGAAAGCUCUGGUAAAGUGAAUGUUCUAAUCCACUGGUGAUGGCAAUAAGUUUUGACCAUUAAUAUACUAAUCCCCACAGGUAGACAUAUAAUGUUGAGCUAUUGUGAUUCAUGCCCAAACACACAAGAAGCAAUGUAAAAGUAUUUGGUAUUCUUUUAACUUCCAACUUUCCUACAGCAGUUACUAAGGUGUCUUACCAGUAAGUGGAAGCCAGAGAGUGCAGCAGUCUUUCUCCAGCACCAAGACAAACUGAAGUUUUGUACUGAAUAGUCCUGCUCAAACUCUGGCCAUAGUUUUAUUAUUAAAUUUUCAGUAUUUGUUUUCUGAAUAAACAUAUUUAAAUUAGAAUUUUUUCAGGUAUCAAAUUGUUACUGCUUUAGUUAUUCACAUUUGAUUGUUCAUGCUACAAAACCAUUGGACAAAUUUUAGUAAAGUGAUGUUUUAAAUA